GUGUAGGUGGGUGAAGGAGGAGCGGGCCCUUGCCGCUCGCUCUCACUCGCUCGCGCUCUCUCGGGCAACAUGGCGGGCGUGGAGGAGGCACCGUCCUCCGGGAGCCACCUGAAUGGCGUCUUGGAUCCAGACGACAGGGAAGAGGGAGCUGCCUCCGCGGCUGAGGAGGCAGCCAAGAAAAAAAGACGAAAGAAGAAGAAGGCCAAAGGGGCUGCCACAGCAGGGCAACAGGAACCUGAUAAAGAACCAGGAGCUUCAGUUGAUGAGGUAGCAAGACAAUUGGAAAGACAAGCAUUGGAAGAGAAAGAAAGAGAUGAUGAUGACGAAGAUGGAGAUGGUGAUGGAGAUGGAGCAGCUGAAAAGAAGAAGAAAAAGAAGAAGAAGAAGAGAGGACCAAAAGUUCAGACUGACCCUCCCUCAGUUCCAGUAUGUGACCUGUAUCCUAAUGGUGUAUUUCCCAAAGGACAAGAAUGCGAGUACCCACCCACACAAGAUGGGCGAACAGCUGCUUGGAGAACUACAAGUGAAGAAAAGAAAGUGUUAGAUCAAGCUAGUGAAGAGAUUUGGAAUGAUUUUCGAGAAGCUGCAGAAGCACACCGACAAGUUCGAAAAUAUGUUAUGAGCUGGAUCAAGCCUGGGAUGUCAAUGAUAGAAAUCUGUGAAAAGUUGGAAGAUUGUUCACGAAAGCUAAUAAAAGAAAAUGGAUUAAAUGCAGGCCUGGCAUUUCCUACUGGGUGUUCUCUCAAUAACUGUGCUGCCCAUUAUACUCCCAAUGCUGGUGACACAACAGUAUUACAGUAUGAUGAUAUCUGUAAGAUAGACUUUGGAACACAUAUAAGUGGUAGGAUUAUUGACUGUGCUUUUACUGUCACUUUUAAUCCCAAAUAUGAUACAUUAUUAAAAGCUGUAAAAGAUGCCACUAACACUGGAAUAAAGUGUGCUGGAAUUGAUGUCCGUCUAUGUGAUGUUGGUGAGGCCAUCCAAGAAGUUAUGGAAUCCUAUGAGGUUGAAAUAGAUGGCAAGACAUAUCAAGUCAAGCCAAUCCGUAAUCUAAAUGGACAUUCAAUUGGGCCAUACAGAAUACAUGCUGGGAAAACAGUGCCCAUUGUGAAAGGGGGAGAGGCAACAAGAAUGGAGGAAGGAGAAGUGUAUGCCAUUGAAACCUUUGGUAGCACAGGAAAAGGCGUUGUUCAUGAUGAUAUGGAAUGCUCACAUUAUAUGAAAAAUUUUGAUGUUGGACAUGUGCCAAUAAGGCUUCCAAGAACAAAACACUUGUUAAAUGUCAUCAAUGAAAACUUUGGCACCCUUGCCUUCUGCCGGAGAUGGCUGGAUCGCUUGGGAGAAAGUAAAUACCUGAUGGCUCUGAAGAAUCUGUGUGACUUGGGCAUUGUAGAUCCAUAUCCACCAUUAUGUGACAUUAAAGGAUCGUAUACAGCACAGUUUGAACAUACCAUACUGUUGCGUCCAACGUGUAAAGAAGUUGUCAGCAGAGGAGAUGACUAUUAAACCUCUAGUCCAAAGCCACCGUAAUGUCUUUUAUUUUAUAAGCUUUGUGGGAAUACGUUAUACCGGAAUUAAUUUCGCAAUAUGUCUGUUUAA